CCAUAUUCAUUCAGUCGUACUCGUCGUGAAGUGCAGUUUAUAUUUAGUCGUUUUCCACACGUUCAAAUAAAAAAAAUAAUUUCUAAAAUGGCCUGCUGGGAAGGAAAGAAAUACAAAUUGGACAAGAGCGAGAACUUCGAUGAAUACAUGAAGGAAUUGGGUGUUGGCAUGGUACUCCGCAAGAUGGGCAACUCUGUGUCCCCUACUGUUGAAUUGAAGAAAGAAGGUGAUGUAUACACAUUUACCACCUCCUCCACCUUCAAAACUUCUACCAUCUCAUUCAAAUUGGGAGAGGAAUUCGACGAAGAAACUUUGGAUGGCCGUAAAGUAAAAUCUGUCUGCACUAUGGACGGCAACAAAUUGGUACAAGAACAAAAAGGUGACAAACCAUCAACCAUUGUUCGUGAAUUCACCGACUCUGAAUUGAUCACUACCCUUACCAUUGGUGAUGUCAAAUCUGUCCGUGUUUACAAGGCUCUAUAAAUUUCUUGAAAAUAGUGAAACUAUUUGUCUAUUUAAACUAAUUCAAUAACUCGGAUUAAGAAUAUGUUGACUACUUUCCUUGCAUUGC